UCGUCUCCUCAGUGAUCUCGAUUCACUUCCGUCACACAAAGAUGGCCUGCUCCAGCCUGUACUAUCCAGAAUGCGGGGUGGCCCGACCCAGCCCAGUUUCCGGCACCUGCAACGAGCCGUGCGUGAGGCAGUGCCCUGACUCCGAAGUGGUGAUCAGACCCUCACCGAUUGCCGUGACCAUCCCAGGGCCCAUUAUGAGCACCUUCCCUCAGCAGAGUGAAGUGGCAGCUCUAGGAGCCCCUGUGGUGGGAUCCGGCUAUGGCGGCUCAUUUGGUGCGGGAGCACUCUCCGGCUAUGGAGCUCCUUACGGGGGAUACUACGGCUUGGGAGGUUUCGGUGGUUAUGGGGGACGUUUUGGUUAUGGGGGUCUCUGUGGUUAUGGAGGUGGUUAUGGUUACGGGAGAGGCUUUGGGGGACUCUGUGGUUAUGGGGGAGGUUAUGGGGGACUCUGUGGUUAUGGGGGAGGUUAUGGGGGGCUCUGUGGUUAUGGGGGAGGUUAUGGGGGACUCUGUGGAUAUAGGGGAGGUUACGGUUAUGGAGGAGCAUGUGGCACCGGGGUAUCUUGUCAUAGGUACCUGAGUGGAAGCUGCACCCCAUGUUAGACACGGCAGGAAUCUCUAUGGCCAAAAGAAAGACCAGGAAAUGAACAACAACUGAUAAUUUCCGAUAUCGAUUUCAGAAGGGUCGUACCGGCCUGGCUCCAAAUGAGCUGCACGCGAGCUGUAUCUCCCCAGCCCCCUUCUCUCAUAGACUCGAGUCUAAUGUCUUGCUAGGAAUGUUUUCUGUCAAUGCUUUCUCCCACCACAUGCUUCUGCUCUUAUGCGGACUCACUCUGAAUUACGCUCACCCUGUUAUAAUAACCCUAAGGUGUGAAGCAAACAAGGGCGUUAAGAAAGGCAUCAGUUGCACUUAUUAAAUUUUUGCUGAUCUUGCAGCUUCAAAAAAAGAAAAGGAGCUUCUUGGAUUAAAUAGCCCGUAUUAAAGCAGUGGGGGAACAUUCUCUGGAAUUUUAUUAUUGCUUUCUGUAAUUGUGUAUCGCAAAUGUCAUUCACAUUAAAAACUCUGCUGCAUCCGAA